AUACCAUUUGCUGUACUUAUUGACCGUCUGCCGCUGUUCGCAUUCAUCUUUUGACCUCACUCGAAGUUUUUUUCUUUUAGACUUCUUACAUUGAUCAAGGGGCAACUCCUUGUCCUCAUCUUGAAAGGUUGUUUGGCGAUUUCGUUGCUUGAAACUUGAUUGAUUCGGGAACUAGCCACACGAGGCCAUAGACACAAAAGGGUCACUGCGGCGCAAAACGAUAUAAAUCCGCUGCCACACGGACACUUGGCGCCUCUCCUUCGUCCACCACCCCUCAACCAUCGCCGGCUACCUCUCAACCAUCGCCGGCUACCCCUCAACCACCACCUAAGAAUAAAGGAACUCCCUUCAAAUUCACGUUAAAAGGCUUUAUAGAGUGGUGCAAUCGAUACAUCCACUACAAGGAGCUACGAAAAUUUCUCAUUCGCGAGAUGACCGGCCUAUUUGUUGGGCCCAUGCCUCCUCGCGGUUUCCUCGAAGCGUUCAUGAGGCUGAAGAUACUAAGGAAACUCAACCCUGAGGACCUGCCAGAAGUCGAUUUUUCUGAAAUCCCUCUCAAGAAGCUCGAAGUGGAAAUGUACCAACCUCUGUGCGAUGCUAUCAAUGACUCUGGCGUCUGCUCUGGCUUCAAGUUGAUUGACGUUUCGAGUUCAGUGGACGGGAAUGGCAUUCCAUUGCGCCCGGAUCUAGCAUUUGUACCAACCGAUGCUGAAGACCUCAUGGACUAUACGGUCAUGGAAUGUUUCGUCGAGGCCAAACUCCACGAUCUCGCAGAUCCCUUCUAUGGCAAUACCUUGAACAAUACUAUCGAAAAAAUGGUGGGGGAAAGCGCAGAAACCCGCGGACAGACGAUAUCCUAUGCGGCCGCGUUAUUAUCUCGUCAGCACAGAACAUUUGCAUUCUCUAUCCUCGUGUGCGGCAAGUAUGCUCGUUUCUUACGAUGGGAUCGUGCUGGAUGUAUUGUCAGCGACAGGUUUGAUUACGUCGAAGAGCCGGAUAUCUUGUUGGAGUUUUUCUGGUGCUAUGCGCGACUGACUCGCGAAGAACGUGGCUUUGACCCGACUGUGGUGCCUGCUUCUGCUGCCGAGGCCAAACUGCUCUCUGAUGCUCUAUCGCAAUACAUCAAGGAGUCCCAGCCCCGCAACGUCAGCUAUUUGCAACCGAAACCCGACUCUACCUAUCCGUUCUCCAAGAUGCUGGUUCCAACGCCGAAUGGCACUCGGGAGUUGAUCAUUGGCAAACCUUUCUGGGAUGCUGACUCUCCUUGUGGUCGAGCGACAAGGGCCUACGCUGCGUACGACAUGGUGGAAAAGAAGGUCGUGUUUGCGAAGGAUUCUUGGCGUGAUGAAGAUAAAGACAUCCUUUCGGAGGCUGUGAUCUAUGACACACUUCAGAAGAGCAACGUACCCUUUCUGCCUGAAGUCAUUGCGGCUGGCGACGUAUAUAUGAGGGUAAAGAAGAAGAAGAAGUUUCAAAGGACGCUCACACAGAGUUGGGCUGUCCGUAGCGGUAAAGCUGUAAUGUGGCGUCUACCGUGUGCGGAGUUGCGGACUCUCGUCCACUGCAGAGUCGUUCAACAACUAGCGUAUCCCCUCACGUCUGCACGCUCAUCGAAGGAGGCCGUUCAAGCUAUUCGUGAUGCACUCGAAGCUAUCAAAGUUGCAUACCACGAUGGCAAGAUUUUCCAUCGCGACAUCAGCACUGGAAAUAUCAUGAUCAGUCAAUCUGGUCGAGGAGUUCUCAAUGACUGGGAUCACGGAUUGAGGGUCAUUCUCAGAAACACUCUUAAGGCGUACCGGACGGGCACCUGGCAGUUCAUAUCUAUUCUAUUGCUCCAAAACCCCUUGAAAGGUCAUGACGUUCAUGACGACUUGGAAUCUUCUUUCUGGGUGCUACUCUACGUCUCUCUGCAUUACUUCAAACACAAUCAAGGGCAACUUAUUGAUCUCACCUUCUUCAAUGAAUGCAAAGAGCACCACGAUGGAGAGGAUGGAGACGGCGAAGUUCAUCCACUAGGGGGUCUAAAAAAGAGUGGUUUCCUCUCUCAUAGACUGAAACACAUCAAAUGGCGCUGUGCCCCAUUAAAUUCACUAAUCCACGCUUUCGGCGCACUGCUCAACGACUACCAGUACUACUACGAAAAGGCGGACGGUAACGACGACAAAAGCGCAGAGGCUCAGUUCAAGGCAAUCCAGGAACAGCUCGACCAGGUGGAUAUUGUCUUGAGUCUCUUCGACACUGCUCUUGCGUCUGAUGAAUGGCCAGAGAAUGAUGCACUACCUGACCAGUUCCCACGAAUGACUGACAAGCAGGAGGACCAGAUGAUUCAUGAUUUGAAGUCACAAGCUAUCGCUACGGCCGCAUUAGAGAAGCAAGCUGCUGCUAACCGGCGAGCUUCUCCAAUUUCGACACCAACUCGAUCUGCCCUUCCUGGAGUACGUUCCAGCGCUCGAUUAGUCCAACGGAGGGAUGAACAACUGGCUCUUACACCGGAAGCUGGGCCUUCACAACUUCUCAUGAGUUCUCGCAGUACAGUGAAGAGAACAGUCGAUGAAGUGCCUGCGGAGUUGCCAGUGUUUCGUUCCAAGCGGGCGAAGACCGCGCCGGAGCGAAGGCCUUUGAAGCGUGCACCCAAACCUCCACCUCCUGAGCGACCAGUGGCGGAGCACCGAUACCCUACACGUUCCAAGUCGAAUGGUUCCCGUCGGGGUAAUUCGCUCAAGAAGCCACAGGAGGAGGACGUCGAGAUGCAGGACGUCCGACGCCGAAACCCAAGUCGCUCGAGAACAAAGUCGAAGUCGAAGGACACACGUCGUGUUCAGGCUACCGCUAGCGAGAAGUCAACCGAGGAGAAGCGGCAAACUCGUCGAAAGGGUAGACAGCCAGUCAAGUCAACGGCAGGUAAUGGGCCCAGUCGGCCUCCACCCAAGUCUAGUACGCGUCGACCAAAUUAGGAUGACAUGUCUUUGCUCCAUUCACUGUAUACUUUUUCCUCACCGCAAGUUCUCUUCAUGUACUCGCUUAGCCUCGUGAACGUAUAUGAACAUGCUCGAAGCAGUCUUUGGCAUUGAAUACGUCACAAUGGCAGGACAUACUUAGGAACGCAUGAGUGGGGAACCAUAACAGGCCAUGUCUUCUUUGUUCGAUCAAAUACGAUAGCUUCUCGUGCAACAUUUUGCUGUCUCUAGAUCUGUAGAAGCCUCCGAGCUUUCAUUUGGUUGAAUCAUACGUUUGCCCAUUCUUCCUGACGUGCUUGACCGGUACUAGGCUGUGUAAUUACAGA